CAGUUUUUCACUAUGCAAUUUGCUCCUCAAACCUCCCGGUUUGUUCUCCCCUAUUCCCUCAUUUCCCCUCUCUCUCCCUCAUUCAUCAGGUGCUAGUUCAUCCUCUCGGCGAGCACAAGGUUGCGGUGGAAUUCGCCCCCUCAAGCGUUGGCUUGUGGAUCUCGGGUUCCAUUUGAAGGAAUGGGAAAAAGAAAAACCAUUGUACAGAAAGGCAUGUUAGGCAAACCAGAGCCAAGUAAAAAAACAAGGGGGGUUUCGCAACGUGCUAAGAAAAGAAGUAUUGGAGAUGAUCAUGCAGAUGACACAGAGCAACCUCCUCCAAAAAGGAGCAGAUCAAAGCAAGAAAGUAGCAGGGCUUCACCUAUGAAACUUAUAAAGUUGUAUCCCCAUAUGACUGGCGAAUAAAAGCGACUAAUAGAGGGGGCUGGCUUCCAUGGUCUCGUAGAUCUCAAGUGCUCGAAGCUCAGACCUGAUUUGUGCAGCUGGUUGAUGGAGCAUUUCAAUCCAGCAACCAAUCAGCUUGUAUUCCCUGGACGUGGAGCCAUAGAUGUGAAUGAGGAGUCAGUGAAGUCUGUGCUUGGUAUCCCUAUGGGUGACAAAGAUGUCUCAUAUGAUAUGGAGUCUGAAGCUACAGAAUUUGUGCUGAAUUUGCUUGGAAUCAACGAUGGUAUCUCACCAUCACUGACUUCUCUUGGGAUUCAAUUGGAGAAGUUGAAGUUAGCAGAUGACAAGUACCUGCGCAUGUGGAUCAUCUACGCCAUUUCUUCUGUUUUAGCACCAACGACGGCAACAACAGUCAGCCCAAGAUGCUAUCCUUCUGUUGUUGAUGCUGGAAAUAUCAAGAAUCUUAAUUGGUGCAAGUUUGUCAUAUCUAUUUUGCAAAAAGCUGCUAAAGCUGGGAAGAAUACCAACUCAUCAUGUCUCCUGUAUAUGAUGAUUCUUUAUUUGGACUCGCUUUCAUUUAAAAAUCUCAAUGUUCCAGUGGAGGGUUAUCGAGCUACUGUUUGGACGAAUGAAUUGAUAAAUCAAACAAUAUUAGCAGACACAUCAGCAGACGGCUCCUUUGGAGCUUUACCAGAAAAUGACAGAAUUGUGAUCGCUGUGCAAAAUUUGUGUGAAGGGUUUUCAGGUUUGGUCACGAAAUUUGUGAGACAGAUUUCCGGCCUUGAUUUUGUGGAUCCUAGGGGUAGCCAACCAAGGAAAAUGCGAAUGAACCGGAAGAAAUAUGCACAAAGGCCUAAAAGAGUUCAGCAAGAUGAAGAUCUAGAUGUAACUUCAAGUGAUGAUGAAGAUUUUGUUGCUGAUGAAGAAGUGGAAGACACUGAGGAAGAUGAAUAUACUGAUGAAGAUGGAGAUUCUGAUGAUGAUGAGGAUGAAGGAGAAGAAGAUGACAAUGAUGAAGGAGAAGAAGAUGACGAUGAGGAUAGGUCAGAAAAUGAUGACGAUGAUGGUGCUGAAACUGGAAGAAGUGGUGAGCAGGCUGAUGCUGCAACUAAUGUUAUUGGUUGCAAAGGAGAUGAUACAAAUGAAGGGAUUGGCAGCGGAGGCAAAGACGUUGAUGAUGUUACUGGAUGCAAAGGAGAUGACACAAAUGAAGGGAUUGGCAGCGGAGGCAAAGGCGCUGAUGAUGUUAUUGGAAAAGGGAAACAAGUAGAUGAAGAUAUUGGGUUUGGUGACAAGGAAAAACAUGAAGAAAAGCAAGCACCCAAUGCUGUAGCACAAAAUGUUCCAGAAUCAGAGAAGCAACCAGUGCAAAAGGCAGAAAAAUAUCCUUUCCUAACAACAACCAUUGAUUCACAUGAAGUUCCAAACUUCAAUCUUGGUUUUGAUAGCUCUCAGGAAGUUGUGCAAACACCAAAGGGGCAAGAAGCAGUAGGAACAUCUCGAGGUAAAGAAUUUACUGGAAUUAUCACAAAUGAGGACUAUGGAAGUUUUACUACUGAAGACUAUGAAAAGGUUGGGAGAGAAGCAGUUGAGGCCUUGCCAGCAAAUCUGCCACAAAAUCACCUGUCGCUGAAAUAAUCUCCAAGGAACCUAUUGCUUGUGAAGUAGAAGAAGAAACACCUGUGCCCCAUGAGUACAAUAAAAGGGUGGUGAAACCAGCGAAAUUCAAAAGGUCACCCUUCAUUGAUUAUGAGAACAAGAAGCAGUUCAUGGUUUCUCGAGUUAUAAACGAGGUAUAUGAUGACAUUUGCAAGAAUGGAGGGAGAACUAAGUUAAGAAGGAAUAGCCGAAAGAUCAUUGAUACAGGAGAAUAUUAUAUUUAUCUUGGCGAUCUUGCGAACUCUGUCAAACCUAUGGGCUCACUGGACAAUAAUACAUGUGAAUUGGCAUUAAUUGUUCUGUCUGCUGAUAUCAAGGACAAUUCGAAGAGAAUUUUUCCUGCCAUAAUAGGAGUGAGUAUAUAAAAUGUACUAUUACUAUCAUUGCAACACCUUAUGUUUUUUUUUCCACAUGGUGCAGGGAUAUUUGUUGGAUUCGUAGUUGGACAGGAAUGAGCUCAAGAAACACUUCGAUCAAACGAGAGCGAACCGUCUUGACCAUAAAGAAUUAGCAUUUUUUCCCAUUCUCCAGAAAUUGGGUAAUGGGAAUGAUAAGGCUGGUCACUAUUUCAUGGUGUGCCUUAAUCUGAAAGCUGAAAGAUUCGAGGUUUAUGAUUCGCUGAGAGGAGAAGAUGACGAAGAGCUGAUUUCAGCAUCUCAUCUUGUUGUUGCAUCCAUCAAGACCAUGUGGGAUAGGUUUUACAUGAGGUCUUCGAAGAAAACCAUCUAGAAUUACCCACUGAUUUUCAUUGAUGGCCCAAAGCAAGAUAACAUCCGGGAUUGUGGUUUUUAUAUGCUGAAAUUUGUGGAGUUGUGGGAUGGCAAACAGUUGCCAGCAUUUGAACCAAGUGACAUCCCCAACAUUAAGAAACUACUUACACACAAGAUGCUCUCGUUUCAAGAAAAUCGUGUGCAAUGGAUGCAAGUAUUAUGGGGCAAAGAGCCUGAUCCUACACUUAAGCAGCACUAGAAAGUGAAUUUGGGGUAUAAAGGAAGACAGAAAUCAAGAAGGAAGACAGAAAACAAAACUACAGCUCAUUACUUACAAAAUUACAGCACAGAUUCAUAUCAAUUUGUUUCUCGAAGAAUACAGAAAAGAUCUAAAAGUUUCUAGGUUAGUUCCUUUUUUUUGUGGACGGAUCUCAAAGAAGACAUAAUUUGAACUUCAUGUGUACUUUACCUGGAUAUUUUUCUUGGAUUUGCUUCUCCUCCUUCCCCUCUUCUAAGAUGGCGAUUUUUUUUUCUGAUUUUUACCGCCGUGGCGGCUGUGUGGGGAUUGAAUGUCGCCGGAUGUCUCGAUUUGAUGGGUUGGAGUGGGGGAGAGAGGCGCAUCGUGCUGUUUUAGGUGGGGCCCACGCCAGCUAGCGACGCGUGCAUCGCACGGCGCUUGCACGCGCAAGCGCGCGCUUUCCUUUUUUAGCGAUGGCGCGUGCGGGGGCCCGGGAAAAAGUGGUUUCUGUUUUUGGCAUGGGGCGUGCGUGCGGCGCGGAAUCGCCAGAUGCGCGCGUCGCGCGAUAGCCCUAUCGCGAUACCGGUCUCGGUGUAGUCGCGUCCUUUUUUUAGCUAUUAUAUUUAUCUUAACAAAAAAAAAUCUCUUCUCCCUCCCACUGACCCACCUUUCCACCACACCGGUUAUCAAGCACGUAUGUAUGAAAGGAUGAAUUCAGUCUUUUUGGUAGGUAAGAUAUUUUUUCAAUUUAAUUUCUUAGUUUCUAUCUCACAGGAGGUUCAACUGGCUACGGACUUUGGGCAGCACUAGCAAACUAAUAGCUAACAACUUAUGAUAUAUAUGUCACCCAAAUAAACUAUCAACAAAUCAUAGUAGCAGAACCAAAUAGUGAUGAAAAUAUAUAUAGAGUACGAGCUUCUUAAGCAUGUAGCCACAACAAAUCAAAACAUUAUAUCCUUGCAUUCGGCCCCAUAAUCACUACUACAUAAAUGAUUUUUCUG